AUGGAUGUUUCUCGAGCCGGUCAGUGCCGGUGUCGCGACCUCGAUCCGCAGAGCAAGGAGAUCCGUCUCGUCAAUGUUCUCGCUGGCCAGCCUUCAGAUCCGAUGCGCUGCUCGCUGAUCUAUACGCCCUUGUCACAUGCAACUGUCCCGUUCGAAACUGUGUCAUAUUGCUGGGGAAGAUCGACAUUGGAGAAGACGAUCGAAAUUGAUGAACGACCUGUUGCAGUGACAGCCAGUGCAGCUGGCGUCCUCUACCGGAUGCGCCUUCCUGACAUCAAUAGACUUCUCUGGAUCGACGCCAUUUCGAUCCGACAAGACUCAGACCGUGAGAAGCCUCACCAAAUUAGCCUAAUGGGCUCAAUUUACUCCCGCGCUUGGAGAAACCUCAUAUGGCUCGGAGACGAU